AUGGGUAAACCCGUCAUCGAGAUAACCGAAGUCCUAUCUCUUCAUGUUCUCAUGGAAGGCAUGUGCUCCGCACGACUUAGUCGGUCUUUUGCGAUGCGUGGACGAUACUCUAACUCGAGAAGAAGACUGUUUUCGGAAUCUGCAGUCGAAAGGGAGUAUUUCAGACAGAAUAUUGAGCAACAACCAGUUCAAGACAUUUCAAUAAAUGUGUUUUACCAGCCGCGUUCUAUCACUGUACUUUGCCUUAUCGUCGUCGGCCUGACAUAUUUUGCGUUCACUCGACCAGUAGAUCUUCCCCUUAACGACUGCCUUUUUAAUGGAGCGGUUGUGUCCUCCACCGUUUUCUUGAUAAUCUCGACAAUGAUCAUGCCGAAUGGUCCUUUUGUACGACCCCAUCCUCUGGUUUGGAGGGUUGUUUUCGGUGCAAGCCUUCUGUACCUUCUUAGCCUUGUUUUUGUUCUCUUCUUGCGCCUGGAAGAUGCCCGGAAAAUUCUCUUUUACUUGGACCCUAACUUGGAACGAAUGCGCCAUUCUGACAUUUUGGAUAAGGAAUACGCAGUCAACUGUAGCCAGGUGACCUUCGAGCGCAUCUGGAGUCAUAUUGAUGUGUUUGCUUUUGGCCACUUUUUCGGUUGGGUGAUAAAGGCUAUUUUAUUGCGGCAUUACUUCAUACUGUGGACGCUCUCCAUCAAUUGGGAGAUCACAGAAGUGGCCUUUUCGCACAUUCUGCCUAACUUCCAGGAAUGUUGGUGGGAUAGCAUUAUCCUUGACGUAUUGCUUUGCAAUGGUCUUGGUAUAUUUUGUGGUAUGCUUCUCUGUCAGUGGUUUCAUGCGCGCUCAUAUCAGUGGGAGUCUAUUCGCGACAUUCCCUCCAAGCGUGGCAAGCUCAAGCGGGCCGUCCUUCAGUUCACUCCAGUUAGCUGGACUCCGACGCACUGGCUGGACAGAAAUUCCUCAUUUAGGCGGGUCCUUCAACUUUCUGUGCUCAUAUUCUUCUGGCAGAUGGCGGAGUUGAAUAUCUUCUGGCUAAAGCACGUUUUCAUUGUCAAGCCCUCACACUUUCUCACCCAAGUGCGAAUCGCCAUUAUCACUCUCUCCUCCGCCCCCGCAAUCAGGCAAUUCUACCAUUACGUCACUGAUGAUCAAGUGACACGCGUCGGCUCUCAAAUGUGGAUUUUUACGGCCACAAUGAUCGUCGAAACACUGGUCGCCUACAAAUUGGGCAGUGAGGUGUUCGAAAAGGCUAUCCUUCGCUACAUCAUUUACUGGCUUAUCUGGCUAGUCAUCAGUAGUUUUCUGACUGUGUGGGUUUGUCUACUCUUUGCCAAACGUUCAAAGACAGAGUCCGAAGCCGAAGAGGCGUAUGAUAACGGCAGUGGUCUCAUGGACUCAGAAGUCAUGUCCGAAAGGUCCACAGAAGAUGAAUAUGUGAGUUUUUAG